AAGGGCAACUAAAACCUCGAUACACCUAAAACCCUUUGUAAACAGAAGAGCUGAAAACGGUCUAACCAUGGCUACAGGCUUCGUAUUCGAACCUCCUAGCGACGAAGAGCCCGGAUUAUCACACGAAGAAGAAGAAGAGGAAGAAGACGAGCAAGAAGAGCGAGAAGAAGAAGAAGAAGACGGCGACGAAGAAGAAGAAAAAGAAGCAGAGAAGAAAGCUUCAAAUAGGAAAAGUCAAUCGCCAUGGGACUUUGCUUCUUACUCUGAAUCAGUCGCAGAAGAACACGCUCGUAGAAGCACUACCUCCGUUGAUUACAAGAUCUCAAAAGCCCUCCAGCAACGCUCUGUCCCACUCACUACUCUCGACGAGGACGACGAUACCGCCUCCGACUCCGAACCUGACAAACAAGAAGAUUAUAGAGCAGAAGAGGACGAAGAUGUGGCACAUAAUGCCGAUGAAACCAAAUCAUUUUUCGCAUCAGCAGAAGGAGCUUCGUUCCAUGCUAACUCCUUUAUGGAGAUCAAUUUAUCUCGCCCAUUGCUUCGGGCUUGUGAGGUCUUAGGUUAUACUAAGCCUACUCCAAUUCAGGCAGCUUGUAUACCGCUGGCACUUACAGGCCGUGAUAUUUGUGGGAGUGCGAUUACUGGAUCUGGAAAGACAGCUGCCUUUGCUUUACCUACUUUAGAGAGACUACUGUUCCGACCAAAACGAGUUCAAGCUAUACGUGUACUCAUUCUUACACCAACUAGAGAGUUGGCUGUUCAGGUUCAUAGCAUGGUAGAGAAACUUGCUCAGUUUACAGAUAUUAGAUGUUGCUUGAUAGUUGGCGGGCUAUCUACCAAGGUGCAAGAAUCUGCCUUGAGGUCCAUGCCAGAUAUUGUUGUAGCUACCCCAGGGCGGAUGAUAGAUCAUUUACGCAACACUAUGUCUGUGGAUUUAGAUGAUCUUGCAGUUUUAAUCCUUGACGAAGCAGACCGCCUUCUGGAGCUUGGAUUUAGUGCUGAAAUUCAUGAACUGGUUCGGCUGUGCCCCAAAAGGAGGCAGACCAUGCUUUUUUCAGCUACAAUGACUGAAGAAAUUAAUGAGCUUAUUAAACUUUCUCUGACUAAACCACUGCGUCUGUCAGCUGACCCAUCCACAAAACGACCAGCAACAUUGACUGAGGAGGUGGUUAGGAUUCGCAGAAUGCGUGAGGUGAAUCAGGAGGCUGUUCUUCUUGCGCUAUGUUCAAAAACUUUUACAUCUAGAGUGAUAAUCUUCAGUGGAACUAAACAAGCUGCACAUAGGUUGAAGAUUCUGUUUGGAUUAGCUGGCUUUAAAGCCGCCGAGCUUCAUGGAAAUCUUACUCAAGUUCAGCGUCUUGAUGCGUUGGAAUUAUUCAGGAAGCAGCAAGUCGAUUUUUUGAUUGCAACUGAUGUUGCUGCUCGUGGACUGGACAUUAUUGGUGUUCAAACAGUUAUUAAUUAUGCAUGUCCUCGUGAGCUGACAAGCUAUGUUCAUAGAGUGGGUCGUACAGCAAGAGCUGGUAGAGAAGGUUAUGCUGUUACAUUUGUGACAGAUACCGAUCGUUCUCUUUUGAAAGCCAUUGCAAAGAGGGCUGGUUCAAAGUUGAAGAGCCGUAUUGUUGCAGAGCAAUCAAUUGCUAAGUGGUCUCAGAUAAUUGAGCAAAUGGAAGAUCAAGUGGCUGCCAUUCUCCAAGAAGAGAGGGAAGAGAUAGCAAUAAGAAAGGCUGAAAUGGAAGCAACAAAGGCAGAAAAUAUGAUUGCACAUAGGGAUGAUAUUCUAUCACGGCCUAAAAGAACCUGGUUUGUUACGGAGAAAGAGAAGAAGCUAGUGGAUAAAGCUUCAAAGGCAUCAAUGGUGAAAGAAAAAGGUUUUGAGAGUAAGGUUAUGAGUGCCCAACAGGCCGAAGAACUUAAACUGAAGGAAAAGAGGAAGCGAGAGCGAGAGAAAAAUUUACCUCGGAAGAAGCGUCGAAAAUUACAAGCAGCCAGAGAGAUGUUGGAGGAUGAAGAUCAAACUGAGAAAAUAGAUGAUCUUAGAAAGAUUAAGAAGGAGAAGACUGGAAUAUCUCUAGUUGACUUGGGCUAUCGACGGGCCAAAGCAGCAAAGGCUGUGAAGAGGGCAGUAGAUGCUGGAAAGAUUAUACAAAAGGCUGCCAAGAAAUCAAAGCGUCCAUCCCAAAGAACUCAACCAAGGACGGAAGAAAUGCGGGAGCUAUUCCAGAGUGACAUGAGUGAGAGAAAGCAGAAGAAAAGCAGCAGUGUAAUGGGAAACAAAAAGUCCAAGAAUUCAUUUAAGAGCAAAGCACGGUAUAAGCGCAGGUAGCUUUGUCAAGUAUCUGCUUGAUGGAAGUUCUGUACCUCACUUUGUUACAGAAGGUCCAUACAUGGGUUAUGCAUCUAGAAAGGAGGAGGCGCAGCAGAAAAAUGCUCUGAUAUAACAAUGUAUGGCGAUCUCAAUGGGGAAUCAUACAUCAAGAAGAUGCUCGUUACCAUCUGUUGUAUCAAGUCAAUUUAUGAUGUAUUAUUUUUCAACAUGAGAUACGUUUCUGAAGCUAAUUAUAUUGUCAAGUCUGCCCUGUCUUGUGCCUAAGAAUCUUGGCCCCUAAAAGUUAGACCCACUGGGGCUGCCUCGCGGAACAUGAUGCCUUUGUAUGAGCUCCGCCGGUCCCAGCCAUCAUUAUCACCAUCCAUGUCAUUCAACUGGUGAUGAACUCCUCAGUUAAUUGGUCCAUAGCUUCAGCCACCAGACCGCCUUGAAGUAAAUCUAUGCAUAUGGGGUGGGUUUGGCGAGAGUAAGAAAAACAUCUGAGUCCUAUUUUCUGCCUUUAACUUUUAUCAACCACUAAACUUCGAGUCUUGCGCCAACCAGAGAGCUCUGGUGAACUUCCAUUUAAGAGAAUACUAAUUGAGAUUUCUUUUUUUUUU